AUGAUAAAGUAUCGUUUAUUUAAUAUUUGUAUCUUUUUGCUUUUCGUUUUAUUUAACUAUUUUUGUUGUGCUUUAAGAAAUUAUAAAAAAUAUAAGAUAACAACCUUCAUCGGUAAUACAGUGCAGAAGCCUGUGCACUUAUAUAACAUUCGUCGUGUAAAAAAUAAUAUAUUUUUAUGGUAUAUAAAAAAGAAAGGGGGGGACAGAUGGAAAUCCGCUAAUUCUUUUAAAUUGUUUGAAAGGAAUAAUAAUAAUAAUAAUAAUAAUAAUGAUUAUAAUGAUGGUGAUGAUAAUAAUAAUAAUGAAAAUAAUAAUAAUGAUGAUGAUAAUGAGGAUGAUAUAACAUAUGAAGAAAUUGAAGAAUAUUUAAAAAAAAAUAAGGUGGAAAAUUAUGAAGAAGAUGAAGGAAAAAGUGAAAUAUUAAAAUUAAUAAAUUAUAUACCGACAUUAUCAAAUGAAGAAGAAUUUUUUUCUACAUUUGGUUAUGUAAAUAGAGAAAAGAAAUCAAUGGAAUAUUAUUUUAAUCAAAUGAAAAAUGAAAAAGAACGUAAACAAAAAAAAAAUUAUAAUAUUUUAAAUUUUAUAUUAUCUUAUUAUUUAAAAAAAAAAAUUUUUAAUGAUGUUGAUUCAAAUAAAAAUUAUGAUAAUAUACAAUCGUAUUGUUAUUAUAUAAAUAACUUGAUAAAUUAUAAGGAUACCUCUCUUGAGUGGAGAAAUGGACAUUUAAGCAAGAAGAACAACAUAUUUUCAAAUAGAUGGCUGUGUAGUUUUAUAUCAUUUUAUUUAAAAAAUGUUAAUGCCCUAAAAUAUAUUUCUUUUGGUUGUGUAAGUGCAGUUUUAUCAUUUUUCUUAAAAUAUAUUCUUAAAAAUAUCAGGAUUGAUAAUGUCUUUCUUUUAAGGAAUCAUUUUAAUUUAAUAUAUGGAUUAAGACAUAUGAAGAUUUAUAAAAUUGUUAUUUUUUGUUUAUUUAUAAAUAUGUUAUUCAUAAAUAAAUAUAAUCAAUAUUUUUCUAUAACAGAUGAUGGCUUUGCUGUAUUGUUUAGUAAUUAUUUUUUUUAUGAAGGCAUAGAAAAUUUGAAUAAAAAAAAGAUUUAUCAUUUUAUGGCUAAAUAUAAUUAUACAUUAAAUGAUAUAUUAUAUUCAUUAAAUGAUAUGUUUAUUUAUUUCUUAAAUAAAAAAAUAUAUGUUGAUGAAAUCUUUGAUCCAGAUAUUAUAAAAUAUAUUGAUAGCUUUAUAAGUUUAUAUCAAAAAUUAUUUAAAACGAAUAAGGAAAAUAUAAAAAAUAUAUUAACUAUGGUAUUGAAUAAAUAUAAUAUGUAUAAUGUAAAGAAUGAAAAUAAAAAUAAAGAUUUGUUAUCUCGAAUUUUUUAUAUCUUCUAUAUAAUUAAUAUUAAAUUUAAAUAUGAUGUAGUACAACUAAAUAACUUGAACUUACAUAGAGAAAAUAAAUACAUGAUACCUUUUUUUUUCAAUAAUAAUAAAAUAUCUAAUUAUUUCUUACUCUCUCACAUUUCAGCUCAUUUAAAUGUAAAAGAAAAAACAAUCAAUAAUUACCUCCUAGAAAAGAUGAAAAAUGAUUAUGAAACAUACGUUCUUUCCAUAUUAAGAACAAAAAAAUAUUCAAAUAGUGUGUAUGACGAUAUAAAAAAAAUGCCAUUCAUAACAUUAAACAACAGUGUUAUUGAUGAUGUAAACGUCUCCAUUUUUAUGAACAUUGUUAAAGAUAUAAUUAAUAAUACCGAUUAUGAGUGUAAAUAUACUUCCAGCAGUAGUAGGAAGAAUAAAAGUGUAAACCAACUGGAAAUGGAUGGAAAUAAUGUUCUGAAGGAAAAAGAAAAGAACAUUUUUUCUAAUGAUGAUGAUAGUAAUGAUGAUGAUAGUAAUGAUGAUGAUAGUAAUGAUGAUGAUAGUAAUGAUGAUGAUGAUAAUAAUAAUAAUAAUGAUCAUAGUAGUGAUGAAAAUUCGAAUUUAGAAACAAACAUAUUUAAUGAAAAUAAUUUAGAAAAAGGAUUAUAUGAAAACAUGGAAGAUAGUGUAGACUAUAUUAUUCAUGACAAUAAUUCUUUAAAAAAUCAAACAAAAAACACAGGUGAUAUAUCAACUGAGAAUAUAAAAAAGAAUGAUGUAAUAUUAAAUGAGAAAGAAGAAUUAAAAGAAAAAGAACUGUUAAUGAAAAAAUUAAAUGAUAUAUAUUUUUUAAGAAAAUAUUUAAAUAUUGAUAAAGAAUUCACAGAUAAUUUUUUAGAAAAAUAUUUAUUUAAAUAUAUAUAUAAGGAAUAUAAAAUAUUUAUUAAUAAUUUAAUUUUUAAGAAAUUAAAAAAUAAAAAUGAUAACUUAUAUUUUAUUAAACGUGGUAUAAGUUUACCAAGUAAGACAGCACAAAAUAUUGUAAAAAAUAUUAUUCUAAAUUUUGUUAUUAAGACAAAAGAAAAUAUCGCUAUCUUUUAUAAACUUGAAAAUAUAGAUAAAUGUUUAAGAUUGAUAGUUAAUUUAAUAAAUAUAUAUAAGAAAAUUAAAAAAAAAAAAAAAUUUAUUAAGUUUAAUUCUAAUAUAUUUAAUCUUGAUCAUUUUUUUUCAUACAACUGUUAUAAGGAAAAUGAACACACAGAUAUUCUACCAAAUGAUCAGAGUAAUAAUGUAGAUAAUAAUGAUAAUAUAUCAGAAAAGGAUGAUAUAUUAAACGAUCAUGAUAAUAAUAAGGAUGUAAAUGAAAAUUAUAGUAGUGAUGAGCAAGUUCAUUUAAAUCAACCUUUUUUAAAAGAAGAAGAAGAGUUCAUAAAACAUAACAUUUAUAAAGAGAAAUUAUGUGAUGAAAAUGAAGGGAAGAUUAUUCUUAAUAAAAGUGAUAGAAAGAAAUUAUAUGAAGAAUUUGUUUUAAAAUAUAUGAAAAAUAAAUCUGAAAGGAAUAUUUUAAAAACCAUUUUUAAUUUAGAUUAUGAUAAUGAUGAUAUAGAUAAAGAAAUUGAAGAUAAUAUAAUAAAACGUUUUUUAGAAGAUAGUACAGAAAAGAAAUUAACGAAUUUAAAAAAUUUAGAUAUGCAAUUAAAAAUUAUAGGUAAUGAUAAUUUAUUUGAUUAUAAAAAUAUGCAUUUUAAUGAAGGAUUAUUAAAUAAGCAUAAUUUAAAAAAAGGCUUGAAAGAAGAGGAAAAUAAAAAAAUGCCUUUAAAUGAAUUUAUUAUAAAAAAAGAAGACAUAUUUGAUGAUAUUGAUGAUGAAUCCUUCUUAGAGAUAUGUAAGAAAAUGUAUAUAAAUAAAUUAUUUCAUUUAAAGGAAAAUAUAUAUAAUAAUAGAAAGGAAUUAUAUUUUUAUCAAGUUAUAUUAAAUAUAAAAAAUAUAAAUGAAAUACAUGAUAUCUAUUUAAUAGAUCAAUAUGAAAAAAUGAUUAAUGAUACAAUAAAAACCAAUAUAUUGAAUAAAAAUUAUUCAAAUAUUAAAAAUUUAUAUUUAAAAAAAAUUAUUAAUUUUUUAAAUAUAUCUGAAGAAAAAGCUUCUAUUGUAGAACUAAAUUGUAUUUUUCAUCAAACCAAUUAUAUAUUUAAAACUAUAAAAGAAAAUUUCUACAUAUAUAGAAAUGAUAAUGAUUUUAUUGAUGAUAUUAAUGAAAUAUUAACUAUAUAUAAGAAUUUUGAUCUUAUAAAAAAGGUCAUAAGAAAUGACAAAGAAGUAUAUUUUGUUAAGUUUUCACUUGUGGAAUCGAAUUAUAAUAUUGUUCACAAAAUAUUUGAGAGAUAUGUUUUGUAUGUCAUUGAUGUUAUAACUAAUGAGAAUAGAAAUAUGUAUAAGGAUAAUAUAUUUAAGUUGAGAACCAUAUUGAAUGUGCAUGAGACAACUGUGAAUGAUAUAUCUACAAAAAUAUAUAGGAAAUAUAUUGAGAACCAAGAAUUACAUGCCAUUAAUAACAUGGAUUCCUUUUUCAACUUUCUAUUUAAUAUGAGCAAAGAAGAACAGAAAAAUAUCGUUAUAGAUUUUUUAAAGACUAAAAUUGAUACGUACUUAAAAUCUGAUGAAAAUUAUGAUGAAAAGUUAAAUAAAUUAUAUGACUUGUUAGUGUUUAUAAAUGAUAAUUUACAAUAUAAAAAAAACAUAUUUGAUUUAUCAUCCUUAAGUUCUAAAUUGUUGUAUGAAUUUUUAUUAUCAUGUGUUGACAAUUAUAUUCAUACAAAAAAAACUGAUGUCUUCAUUAAAUCGCAAGCUGAUUAUAUCAACCAUUUUAACAAUUUUCUAAGCAAAAUCAAAGCGCUAAUUAGAGGCCCAGAAGAACAGCAUCAUCUUUCGCACGUCCUCAAUAUUUUAAAAAAUGAUAUUAUAAAGAAGGCCAUAAAUUUACUGGACAAGUUUGAAUAUGACAUGUGCAUUGAAGAAGUUUAUAAUUUAAUAAAGCUGCAGAUGAUAGAUGAGAAUAUUAACUUUUCAGAUAUUGAUAUUACAAAGAGGAAAAAAUUGGUCAAUAUAUUUUCUUAUCAAAAUAUUAGUGAUGAGAAGAAAUUUCUUUACAUGGAUACUUUAAAAAAAAUAUUAUUAUGA